UUCUAUUAAAAGUUUAUAUAGAAAAAUACUUAAUUAAUUUUUUAACAGACCGGGUUUUUGCGAGCUAUAAAAUAACAGUAAAAGUGCGGUUAUUUAUACAUUAGUAUAUAGUUUAUUUUAUGAUAUACAUACAUGCGUGUACAUGUCUAUUAAUAUGUAUAUAUAAAAAAAAGGACAAGGAUUUAUCGUAACAUAUAAAAUUGGAAUUUGAUUUUAUUUAACUAUUCUUAAAUCCCGAUUACAACUGGAAGACUCAGGGGGCGAGUCAUAUCAUAUUCAGUACAGCGAACCAGAAAUACAUCGUCGACAUCAGACUGUUCAAAAGGGUACAAAUAUGGGUGGCGUUGGCAAAAAUUUGACUGGCACUGGUGCUAGUGGUGUUAAUAAUGGUGGAAAGACCUCAAGUGAUGCUGAUAAAAACGCUUUAGAAACUGAAAAGCGUAUGCGGCGUGAAAUUGCUAACAGUAAUGAGAGACGCCGUAUGCAGAGCAUUAAUGCUGGUUUCCAAAACUUGCGUUCGCUUUUGCCACGCCAUGAAGGCGAAAAAUUGAGCAAGGCUGCUAUUUUGCAACAAACAUCGUCUUACAUUUGCGAGCUUGAAGCUCAGAAGACUCAGUUACUAUCGCAAAAUAGCCAAUUAAAACGCUUGCUUGGCCAACAUGAGCCCGGUAGUGGUGGUGGCGGAGGUGGUGAAGUUAUAGCUUGUACAACUAUAAACGGUGAAACUAUAACUGGUGUCGCUAAUAAGAAGCGUAAGCUUACUGAUAAUAUCUUUAGUAUUCAAACUAUCAGUGAUUCAUCUGAUGAAGGUCUCGGCUCAAUGUCACCAGAGCCAAUGACUCUGCUUAAUAAUAAUGGCCCGUCUAGCUCAUCGAAAAGUCAAAUUAUACUUGCUCAUAAUGCUGCUACCAAGGAAAUUUUGGAUUUAAAGAAGCAAUUGGAUAAAGAGCGUCGCAUACGUACAAUGCUAGAAGAUGAAUUACAAAUGAUUAAACGUCAACUUUAUUCUGUAGCAACAGCUCCUCAACCUUCAUCAACAUCUAGUUACAUUCCAAGAGAAGUUAUUGAACAUACUGACAAUUUAGUUCGUGAUACUAUUGAAGAACUGCCAGCUGGUACAGUAUCUUAUGUUGAAAUUGAUGAAAUGACUGGUCAAUCGCAAGUUGUUGUUUGCUCAAGUAUUGAAGAGCUGGAGAAUGAAGCUGCUGCAGCUGCCGAUGAAAUUAUAACUGAGGAUCAUGUACAUGAAGAGGUUAUACUAUCAUCAUCCACUGAAUCAGAACAAGAAGUAAAUGCCAUCGCAAAAGCCUAUGCUGCUGGUGGCAGUUCACCAUCACCAAGUGUAUUACAACCAAUUUUACAGGCUGCUAUCAAAGCAACUCCCAAGGUUGAAGUUGAGCGCAUUAAUGAUCCAAUUGUUAAGGUUAAAACCGAAAAAAUUGAACAGCCUAGUGGUUUAACGCGUUCGCGUCAAAAUCUUGAAACAAUCGUUGAAGCAAUACGCCACCUUGAAGGUGAUCAUCUAUUUAGUGAUGUUAAUGAGCAACAAAAGUUGCAAAGCCACCAUAAUCAACAACAAAAGGCUCAAGAGGCCCCACUUGCGUUAACCAAUAAGCACCAGCAACACGCACAACGCGCCACAAUCGCUGAACUUCGCCCUUAUCUGCAACUCAAAGGCAAUAAACAGGUGACUAUAGUUGGUGGUGGUGGUGCUUCAGUUACGUUAACACAGCAACAACUUGCCAAAUCUGCAACUGCUGUCAGUCUUAAGGCAGCACAGCAACAACAGAAAGAAUCUGCCACACCCUCAGCUACAGUCACACCCACCGCCAUAUUCAAGGUUCAAACAAACACACCUGCCACUACUAUUGGUGGCGGUAAUGUUACAAACAGCGGUGGAGUUACACAGCACAUUACUAUAACCAGCUCUGCUUUAAAGCAAUGUCGCCCCGGCGUCAUUGUUGCCAAGCAGUCUUGAUUUAAUAAUACAACUAAGUAUCAAA